UUUUAGAUGUUCUUAUGGGCUACAAUGGAACAAUAUUUGCUUACGGACAGACUUCUAGUGGCAAAACACACACUAUGGAGGGUGUAUUGGAUAGCCCUACACUACAAGGAAUUAUUCCAAGAAUAGUCAAUGAUAUCUUUAAUUACAUCUAUACCAUGGACGAAAAUGUGGAAUUUCACAUCAAGGUUUCAUAUUUUGAAAUAUAUCUAGAUAAGAUCCGAGAUCUCCUAGAUAUUUCAAAGACUAAUCUCUCGGUUCAUGAAGAUCAAAAUCGUGUUCCUUUUGUCAAGGGGGCAACAGAACGAUUCGUCACCUCUCCUGAGGAAGUAAUGGAGGUGAUUGAUGAAGGAAAAUCUAAUAGGCAUAUUGCAGUGACUAAUAUGAAUGAACAUAGCUCACGCAGCCAUAGUGUUUUUCUGAUCAAUGUGAAACAAGAGAACUUGGAGAACCAGAAGAAACUAAGUGGUAAAUUGUACCUUGUGGAUCUAGCUGGAAGUGAGAAAGUCAGUAAAACUGGAGCUGAAGGAAUGGUAUUAGAUGAAGCAAAAAACAUUAACAAGUCUCUUUCUGCCCUUGGUAAUGUUAUUUCUGCUCUAGCUGAUGGAAAUAAGACUCACAUUCCCUAUCGAGAUAGUAAACUGACGAGAAUCCUUCAAGAAAGCUUGGGAGGAAAUGCACGCACCACAAUCAUUAUCUGUUGUUCUCCUGCUUCAUAUAAUGAAACUGAAACCAAGUCCACACUCGACUUUGGCAGAAGAGCUAAGACUAUUACCAACAAUGUUAUUGUCAAUGAAGAAUUAACAGCAGAAGAAUGGAAACGUAGAUAUGAAAAAGAAAAGGAGAAGAAUACCAAACUUAAGGCUCAAUUGGAGCGUGCUGAAGCUGAAUUAAGCCGUUGGAGACUCGGUGAAACAGUGCCACAAGAUGAGCAGCUUUCCAGUAAAGAGCUAGAAAUCAGUACGAUUAGUCUGCCCGAGACUGCUCCACCUCCGGUGUGUGCCGAACCAAUGACCAAUGAGGAGCGAGCCAAAUUUCAGGAAGAACAGUCUCGCCUUUACAGUCAGCUGGAUGAGAGGGAUGAUGAAAUUGAUCGUCAGAGUCAGCUAGUUGAAAAACUAAAGGAACAGAUAAUGGACCAGGAAGAGCUGAUAACGUCAACACGACGAGACUAUGAACUGCUUCAACAAGAAAUGAACAGAAUCCAGGAAGAGAAUGAGUCUGCAAAAGAAGAGGUGAAGGAGGUUCUCCAAGCUCUGGAAGAGCUGGCUGUUAACUAUGACCAGAAGUCGCAGGAAGUGGAGACUAAAAAUAGAGAUUUUGAAAACCUUAGUGAAGAACUGAGCCAUAAACUUUCACAGCUGAAUUCAACACAGAAUGACCUACAACUGCAGAGAGAUCACAACAUACACCAACGUAAGAGAGUUAUUGAAAUGCUGACCAAUCUUUUGAAGGAUCUUGGAGAGAUUGGUGGAGUUCUUGGUGGAAACAUAGCAGAUAUGAAGCCAUCAGCUGAUAUGGCUGGAAAAAUUGAAGAGGAGUACACUGUUGCUCGUUUGUACAUCAGCAAGAUGAAGACAGAAGUUACAGGUUUAGUUCAGAGGUGUCAGCAGCUAGAAAGGUUUCAAUCAGAUUGUAACAAGAAAAUUGAAGCUAAUGAAAAAGAAAUGGCACAAUGUCGACUUCUUAUUAGCCAGUAUGAAGCUAAGGUGAAAUCGCUGCAAGAGUCAAUGCGAGAUGUGGAGAACAAGAGACGUUCCUUGGAAGAAGCAGUGGAUUCACUAAAUGAAGAGUGUGCUAAACUGAAGGCAGCCGAGGAGAUGCAUAUUUUGACAUCUAAAGAGAAAGAAAAGGAGAAGAACACAGCAGAAGAAAUGAAGGAAGCUUUGGAGCAACAAAUCGAAAAACAUCGGGAAACUCACCAGAAGCAACUUUCCACUCUCAGGAAUGAAAUAUCAGUAAAACAGGAGUUAAUUGAACAGCUGAGAGAUACCAACCAAAAAUAUUCUGUGGCUCAGGACCGACUUCAGCAGGAAUAUGAACGACUGAAGCAGGAAGAAAAGGAUAAAUCUCAGAAACUCGAGGAGUUAUCGCUUCUAAACAGUCAACGAGAACAAGCUCACCAGGACUUAAAGGGAUUAGAGGAAACUGUGGCUAAAGAACUGCAGACCCUUCACAAUCUCCGUAAACUGUUUGUACAAGAUUUACAGAACCGGGUGAAGAAGGCUGCAGCUGGUGAUGAUGCAGAAGAUACUGGGGUGAGCUUAGCUCAGAAACAAAAAAUCUCAUUCUUAGAAAACAAUCUUGAACAGCUGACCAAGGUCCACAAACAGCUUGUUCGUGACAAUGCUGAUUUGCGCUGUGAACUACCUAAACUGGAAAAAAGGUUGAGAGCCACAUUGGAAAGAGUGAAAGGAUUAGAAGCUGCUGUAAAAGAAGCUAAAGAGAGUGCUAUGAAGGAUCGAAAAAGGUACCAGUAUGAAGUAGAUAGAAUCAAGGAAGUUGUUCGACAGAAAAGUUUAGCACGCAGGGGACAUUCUGCCCAGAUAGCUAAACCUAUUCGAGCUGGCCAUCACCCUAUAAACUCUGGUUUUGGUGGUUUCCGUAGUGGUCCAGAUAAAAUGUAA